AUGAAUAGUAAAGAGGCCGGCUCCGCCCAAAAAGGACAGGGCAUCGGGGCUAUUAGCUUCCUCACAGCUGUCGCCAGCGCAUCAACAGUAUUUAUAAUCCAACUUUUGCUCUUUGUGCUUCUGCGUAAUACGUUGGCUCGCAUCUUCAAGCCAAAGACAUACUUGGUACCCGAACGGCAGCGAAGCGACCCUCCACCAACAUCAUUUCUAGGAAUGAUUAGAACAUUAUGGAAUGUCAGGGAUCAAGAGAUUAUCUAUAAGUGCGGACUUGACGCAUACUUCUUCUUGCGCUAUUUGAAAGUUCUUUUGGUUAUCUUUAUUCCCAUCGCCUCCAUCUUUAUGCCGAUCCUACUACCCCUGAAUUUUAUCGACGGGAGGGGAUAUCAACUAAAUGGAAAUGCGAAAGAUCCUGCCGGAACGAAUACCUCUCAAGUCUCUGGCCUGGAUACCCUGGCGUGGGGUAAUGUCAGGCCCCAAAACACAAGUCGCUAUAGCGCUCACCUCAUGCUAGCUAUACUGGUGGUUGUAUGGGUAUGCUCUGUAUUCUUUUUGGAACUACGAGCAUAUAUCAAAGUGCGACAAGACUACCUUACCAGUGCAGAGCACCGUCUUAGGGCCUCAGCAACAACAGUCCUCAUUAAUUCUAUCCCCUCUAAGUGGCUGAAUCAAGAGGCGCUACAAGGUCUCUUUGACGUCUUUCCAGGAGGAGUCAGAAAUAUCUGGUUAAACCGGGAUCUAUCAAAGUUGCUCAAGAAGACCUCUCUUCGGGACAAGACUCAUCUCCGACUCGAGUCUGCUGAGACAGAUCUAAUUAAAGCCGCAAGUAAUUCACAGGUCAACAAAAGAAGUAAUAUACACGCGAAACAGCAUAAGACUUUAAUAAAGUCUUCCACGAAGGAAGAAAUGGCCGUUCGUCAGGGCCUGGAAGAUGAAGAAACGAUGCGAAAAGCAGUUAUUGCCAAUUCAAGGAACAUGUAUCCUGGUUCUACAAACGCAAGACACCUUGAUUUGUACAAUAAACCCUUGCCCGAGUUUCUGAGAGGAAGUCACAAUGGACUUUUGUCCGAAAGGGGUCCAGCAAAAGAUGCUCAGAACUUAACGUCAAACCGAUCUUAUUACAGGGAGCAAAUGCAACCUUCACAAUGGCAAGGAGGUACCACUGCCCGGCGACUGAAUAUAGUGAGUAGCCUACACAUUAUACAAGAUGCAAAGUGGUGGCAGUUUUGGAAGCCACCAUCCAGAUUUCCCUCCCCGGUUCCUCGAGGAGGUCGACCUAAAAAAGGGCAGGGCCAGUCCGUAUGGUCCUCUUUUGCUCACAGUCUACAGCGGUGGGUUAAAUCUCUCAGAGAGCCAGAAGAGAAUCGCUAUCCUAUCGCAUAUAACUCCAAUUACCAAGAAGACGAACGUGAUGCCUUGUGGAAGAAUUAUCUGAGAAAAGAAGAUCGCCCCUCCCACCGUCUCCCCCUAUUUGGGAUGACAUGGUUACCUGGACUCCCUCUUAUCAAUGCUAAAGUCGACACCAUUUUCUGGUGUCGGAAAGAGCUAGCUCGCUUAAAUCUUGAGAUUGAAGAGGAUCAGAAGCAUCCCGAAAGCUUCCCAUUACUAAAUUCAGCCUUUAUUCAAUUCAAUAGCCAAAUAGCGGCUCAUAUGGCCUGUCAAAGCGAAAUAUACCAUCUGCCAAAGUACAUGACUCCAAGGAUAAUCGAGAUCUCGCCUAGAGAUAUUAUAUGGGAGAACAUGGCUUUAAGCUGGUGGCAAGAGUGGCUCAUGAUGAUAAUUGUCACUGGCAUUUUAUUAAUAAUGGUUUUCCUCUGGGCUCUCCCUAUUGCUUGGACAGCUGCAUUAAGUCAGCUAGAGCAACUUAUUCAGACGAAUCAGUUACUUCAAUUCCUACAUCAGAGCGAGACGCUUAAGACUACAAUUAAAGCCAUUUCAGGUGUUUUGCCUUCAGCUGCUAUCAGUCUCCUACUCUACCUGGUCCCGAUUAUAUUCGAUACUCUUGCACAAUUGAUGGGAGCAAAAACUAAGUCUCAAAAGAUUGAGUUCGUCCAGGCUUUUUACUUUAUCUUUUUAUUUAUCCAACUGUUUUUGGUUGUAUCAAUUGCAUCUUUCUUCACUGCGUCUCUAGAACAACUACUAGAAAACAUUCAAAGGUUGCAAACUGGCAGAGAUAUCUUAAAUCUGCUAGCAAGCAAUCUUCCGAAAGCAUCCAACUACUUCUUUUCGUACAUGAUUCUCCAGGCUCUUUCCACUAGCUCUAGCACCCUCCUUCAGACUGGGGCUCUUAUUACGUGGUAUGUAAUUGCUCGAUUCAUUGACAAUACACCACGUGAAAAAUGGUACAGGAAUAUUAAACUUAGUGAGGUCCGAUGGGGAAGUUUCUUCCCAAUUUAUACCAACUUUGCCUGUAUUGCAUUGGUCUAUUGUAUUAUCGCUCCUCUAAUCUCCAUUUUUGCCAUUAUCACCUUUAGCCUUCUUUGGUUUUCUCAGCGAUAUAUGAUACUUUACGUAACUCAAUUUGGGCAUGACACUGGAGGAGUCUUAUACCCUCGGGCUAUUAACCAAACAUUCACUGGGAUAUACACAAUGGAGCUCUGUCUCGCUGGUUUGUUGUUUAUUGUUGAGGAUCAGAAUGGAAAGAACACCUGCACAAUACACGGGAUAAUUAUGGUAUGUGUUCUUAUUGCGACAGCAAUAUAUCAGAUGCUCCUCAAUUGGUCAUUCGCGCCUCUGUUCCGCUACCUCCCUAUAACCUUUGAAGACGACGCAGUACUCCGAGACGAGGCAUUCCGGCGGGCCCACAAUUAUCAAGUUGAUCAAGCUACCGACAUCGCGUCAGAGAGGGAGGUCUCCAGCGCGAGCAAACUAUCUAAGCAAGACAAGCCAUGCACGACACAUAAUGAAUGUCAUGAGGCCCAGCGUUACAUUGGCGACGCACUUUACGAAGGGAUCAAUGACGAAAUCGAAGACUUAACACCUGAGAAGAGAGACACGCUUGUUCAUAACGCAUUUCAGCAUGAGGCCCUGCGUGCCCGCUGCCCCACAGUCUGGAUCCCCCGCGACGACCUUGGUAUUAGUGACGAUGAGAUCCGUCGGACACAGGACUUUAGUCAACACAUUUUAAUUAGUAAUAAGGGUGCAGCACUUGAUAGUAAAGGACUCGUGGUAUAUAAAAAGAACCCCCCUGACUUUUCGGAGGAGGAUUUAAUGAACCUAUAA